AUGUUACUAAGGAAUACUCCAAAGAUAAGUGCCAUCCCUGGUACAAAACGCGAACGACAUCUACUCAAGCUUGCAGGCCAAGGACAGGAUGACCAAUGGUGGGCAAUUUAUGAGAGUCUUGCUCACGAGGGAGAUCUGACAGGUCAAUCUGAGCUCUACAACUAUUAUCACAAAACUAUGAUUGGAAUUAUGAUUGGUAAAAACUCUACACAAAAAAGCUCGCAAAUAAACCAGAGGCUAGGUAGUUCAACAACUCAGCGAUCUCCAAAGAGCCAACAGAUCACCAGAGAGGUGCGAAGUAGUCUACGACAAUAUCUGCGUCUUUCUAAAUCAGAUGUAUUUUACAGGUCAAGACCUAGGGUCAGCUUAAGAUGUCUUGUGGAUAGGAGGCCGGUUCUAAUAAACUUGAGGGAGCACUAUGGGCUAACGGCGGAUGCAGUUAUGGAGCUUAUCAAUGAUGAAACCGCUGCGAAAGUAGACUUCCAGUCGAGGGACUUCCAGUCGAGGCUUUCCUUUGAUGACGCUAGCAGGCACCACAGAUUUGUGCGAUACGCGAAACUAGCGGUCUUUAUACGUGGCAAUGUCGGUCUGUUUUGUCUGUCCGAAACAUUGCAGUGCACAAAGGUCAAUGCUAGAUGUGCUACUGCAGUCUGCAAUCGAGGAGACGUACCGUAA